UUCAAAAACCCUAAAAUUCAACAUUUUCCCAUCUGGGUCUUUUUUUUUUUUUUCAUAAAACAAGGUAAAGUUUCCUUUUUAUUUUCUAGAGUUUUCUUUAUAUGAAUUGUGUUUUAGGUACUAAGGAACUUUAAGGCUUUAAUUUUGAGUUGUGGGGUUUUUUUUUUGAAAAAGAAAAUGCUAUGAGCUUUACUACCAUUUGUUCUAGUUUUCACCAACCAUAGUGAAAAAAAUAGUGGAAAUUGAAAAGAGUACUGUGAAGUAGCAAAAGAAAGAGGGUAAAAAAAAAUGAUUGCUGAGAAACCAAGUUGGGUUAGGCAUGAAGGAAUGCAGAUUUUCUCCAUUGAUAUUCAACCUGGUGGUCUUAGGUUUGCUACUGGUGGAGGUGACCAUAAGGUUAGGGUAUGGAACAUGGAAUCUGUUGGCAGGAAUUUGGGAAAGGAUGAUGAAUCUACAUUGAGGCUUCUUGCAACUUUGCGUGAUCAUUUCGGGUCGGUGAACUGCGUUAGGUGGGCUAAGCAUGGUCGGUUCGUUGCGUCGGGGUCUGAUGAUCAAGCGAUUCUAAUUCAUGAGAGAAAGCCUGGUUCCGGGACGACCGAGUUCGGUAGUGGGGAGCCCCCGGAUGUUGAGAACUGGAAAGUUGCGAUGACGUUGAGGGGACACACUGCAGAUGUGGUAGAUCUUAAUUGGUCACCUGAUGACUCGAUGUUGGCCAGUGGGAGUUUGGACAACACUAUCCAUGUAUGGAAUAUGAGUAACGGUAUCUGCACGGCUGUGCUUAGGGGUCAUUCUAGUCUGGUUAAAGGAGUUGCCUGGGAUCCCAUCGGGUCCUUCAUAGCGAGCCAAUCUGAUGACAAGACUGUUAUUAUAUGGCGAACAAGUGACUGGAGCCUUGCUCAUAGAACAGAGGGCCACUGGGCAAAAUCACUGGGAUCUACGUUUUUCAGGCGGCUUGGAUGGUCACCUUGUGGUCAUUUCAUAACUACCACUCAUGGUUACCAAAAGCCAAGGCAUUCCGCACCUGUUCUCGAGAGAGGGGAAUGGGCUGCAACGUUUGACUUCUUAGGCCACAAUGCACCGGUUAUCGUAGUGAAGUUUAAUCACUCAAUGUUCAAAAGAAAUUCAGCCAAUUCGCAGGAAGCGAAAGCCACUCCUGUUGGCUGGGUGAACGGAGCUGCUAAGAUUGGCGGGAAAGAAUCACAGCCAUAUAAUGUAAUUGCAAUUGGGAGUCAGGACCGCACUAUAACCGUAUGGACAACUGCAAGUCCUCGCCCACUCUUUGUUGCCAAGCAUUUCUUUGGUCAAAGUGUUGUGGAUUUAUCAUGGAGCCCCGAUGGCUAUUCUCUCUUUGCUUGUUCAUUGGAUGGAACUGUGGCUACUUUCCAUUUCGAAGUGAAAGAACUGGGCCACAGGUUAAGUGAUGCCGAACUUGAUGAGUUAAAGAGAAGUCGUUAUGGUGAUGUAAGAGGUCGACAGGCAAAUUUGGCGGAGAGCCCGGCACAGUUAUUGCUCGAAGCUGCUUCAGCCAAGCAAACCACUAGUAAGAAAGUAGCUUUGGAUGUUCAGCAGAAUCAGAUACCUGUAAAAUCGUCUCUUGACUUGGGGGUAACAAACAAAAAUUCCAAGCCACCAAACAAUGAUGGAAAGAAGAGUGGGCUUUCCGCUAGUGAUGGAUUAAAUAAACCGGUGACGGCUGCUCAGGUUACUAGCCCUGUAAAACAAAGAGAAUACAGACGUGCUGAUGGUAGAAAGAGAAUCAUUCCCGAAGCCGUCGGUGUUCCUACUCAGCAGGAGAAUAUUAGCGGCGGUGCUCAGUCUCAAGCAUUAGAUUUCCCUGUUGCAUCAUCUGAUCCCCGAAAAAAUGAUAACGGCAUAGUUCCUGCUGAUUGUGGUUUGAGAGAAGCUACUAUCAGGGGAACCGUUGGCAAAAAUUUUGACUUAAAGGAGUGCUCAGGGGUUACUGCUCGGGCUACUAUUACUGAAAGUCUGGUUAUCGAAAAAGUUUCUGCUGGCCAAGACCAUAGUAUCAAUGUAGAACAGUCUGGAAGCUUGAAACCAUCAAGUUCCACCACUGGCUCUACCAAAUCUCUCUCGAUUAGGGUAUUUGACGAAAAAGAAGGGAAUGAUUUGACUCCGGUUUGCUUGGAAGCGUGUCCCAAGGAACAUGCUGUGACCGACAUUGUUGGUGCGGGAAAUGCAUGUAUGACUAAAGAAACAGAAAUCAUCUGCACAAGAGGGGGUCAAACACUUUGGUCUGAUCGUAUAUCAGGAAAAGUUUUGGUCUUAGCCGGAAAUGCAAACUUUUGGGCUGUCGGAUGUGAAGACGGGUGUUUACAGGUUUAUACGAAGUGUGGAAGACGUGCAUUGCCGACCAUGAUGAUGGGAUCUGCUGCAACCUUUAUAGAUUGUGACGAGAGCUGGAAAUUAUUAUUGGUGACGAGGAAAGGAUCUUUGUAUUUAUGGGAUCUCCUGAAUAGGACUUGUCUCCUCCGUGAUUCAUUGGCAUCUCUAAUCACUUUGGACCAUAACUCGUGUACAAAAGGCACAAUCAAAGUUAUAUCGGUGAAGUUGUCGAAAUCUGGUUUUCCUCUUGUUGUUUUGGCCACUCGGCACGCGUUUCUCUUUGACACGAGUCUAAUGUGUUGGCUGAGGGUCGCUGAUGACUGCUUCCCGGCAUCAAAUUUUGCUAGUUCUUGGAAUUUGGGUUCAACUCAGACCGGUGAGCUGGCCUCGCUGCAGGUGGAUGUCAGGAAAUAUUUGGCCAGAAAACCGGGCUGGAGCAGGGUAACCGAUGAUGGAGUACAAACGCGUGCUCAUUUAGAAGCUCAAUUGGCAUCGUCUUUGGCUCUGAAAUCCCCAAACGAAUAUCGCCAGAGCCUUCUUUCCUACAUACGCUUCCUUGCAAGAGAAGCGGAUGAGUCUCGAUUACGAGAAGUCUGCGAAAGUUUUCUUGGUCCACCAACCGGAAUGGCUUCCGAUUCCAAGAACCCUACUUGGGAUGCAUAUGUGCUCGGAAUGAAAAAGCACAAACUUUUAAGAGAAGACAUUCUUCCAGCAAUGGCAUCGAAUAGGAAAGUCCAACGAUUACUUAAUGAGUUCAUGGAUCUCCUCUCCGAAUAUGCAAGUAUCGAAAACAACUUAGACCAAAGAGACCGAUCUCCACUGACCGUAUCUCAACCAGAGAUUGACCUGAUGGACUCCAACCCAUCUGCAACCUGCCAAACGGAUACCGUUGAGCCAACAACAGAUAAGAAGGAAAACCCGUCCCCCAGUAUAAUAGAUCAAAUGGAUUCUAUUCUAUCGAAUCAAGUAAACUCGGGUACCAAAUCUUCCGAUCAAGUAAAUCAAGCUCCAACAAGCGAAGAUCCUGCUGGUUCAUAAUGCAAAUACUAACUAAUGGUGUUAAAAACUUAGAAUAGGGGACUGCACUGAUAUAAAUAUAUCCCUUAGCUUGAAGGUUUAAUGCUUGAAACUGAACCAUCAGAUUAUCUUUUUUUCUCUUUGAUCUUCUUUGUGCAUCUAACUGUAGAAUUUCACUUGUUAGUGUUAAGAGUUGAGUUUUUUUUUUCUUUUCUUUUUCAUGUUAUUGAUAGAAACCAUUAAUCCUCUGUACACUUGAGCUUUGAUAUUAAUAGAAUCCUGUCUUUUUAAGUCUCAA